GGCCUGGUGAGGGGAAAAGAGAGGGAUUGGAGAGAGAGAGGGAAAACAGGGCGAUGUGUGUGCUGUGAAUUCAGAGCUGGGUGGGUCUACACUGUUUCACAUUCCCAAAUAUCUCCGUGCGUAAAAAGCGCUCUCAGUUGACAAAAAGCCACAAUGUUGGUGCUGGCUGGAAUCAUCGUUCUGCACAUUACCACCAUCAUCCUGCUGCUGGUGGCCACCAUCGAUAAUGCCUGGUGGAUCACUGACACAGUGUCAACUGAUUUGUGGGGCCGAUUAGAGUUGACAAACUCCAUCUGGCACUACACCAACCUGAAAGACUACCCGCAGGAAUAUCUCCAGACGAUACAGGCCACCUCAGUGCUGGCCUGUAUCUUUGCCAUCCUGGCCUUGUUUGUGUUCGUGGCCCAGCUUUUCACGCUUCCCAAAGGCCAGAGGUUCAUCUUCACUGGCAUUUUACAGCUAAUCGCCUGCCUCAGUAUAAUGAUAGCAGCCUCCAUCUACACGGCCCAGCUUCACACCGGUGACACGGUGGGAGGGUACGGACACUGCUAUAUCCUGGCCUGGAUCUCUUUUGUUCUCACCUUUCUCCUAGCGGUAACCUACCUCGUCCUGCGGAAGAAGAGCGAGUGAAGGGGAAGGGAGGAAAGGGGGCAGGGCUGGGGACAGAUUCCUCCUGAGAAUGGGAAAUUAAAAAAGUGGGAUUUGACGGAAAUUUGGUUAGAUAAAAAAAUAAAAAAAGAAUCUACAUCUGAUGCUAGUUAAAGCAGGGGGACUUGUAUUCAAUCACUAAAAAGAGCCAUUUAUUUCUACUUUGAAUAAUGUCAAUGCAAAUAGAGAUAAUAUUAUCAGUACAUGAAGGGCUGAACUUUACGUGAACAGAUUUUCGUCCAUGACUAAGAGGAGGGCAGUGCAGUAUUUUAGUUUUAUCGGAACAGUAUGGGGAGUAAAAUAAUAGGUGUGAUUAGGUGGAAGCAGAACAAGUGCUCAUUUCAAAGCUUUACUGCCACAAAAAUAAUCAGUGAAUCAUUUAUCUCAUCUGUGAAUUGGAAGAACUCAGGCAACAUCCAGUAGUUUGACAUCAGGACAAAGACUUACCCGCUUUUCUUAGCGAGAAUGACGCGCAGGCCAGUACUACACCAACACACAAUCUGUAUGAAGCUAAAGACAGUAAGUUAGCUUAGCUUAGCAUAAAGACAGAAACCAGGGGGACACAAGAACAACACAAUCUGUUGCUGCGUUCUGUUAAACCCCCCCAGGUCGAACUCAGCUCAGUUAUAAUUUGAGCUUUGAAUUUAUCCUAUUAGAUCUUGUUUAACUGCACUGGCGCUUCUUGGCAGUUUGAUUUGCUUUGGACAAAGCUGUGUUACCCCCUGUUUUCAGUCUCGAUACUAAGCUACACUAGUCAUCCCUGUACAGAUACAAGUGGUAUCAAUUAUCUCACCUAGAACUCUAAAACACAGCAUUUAAGCGUUUAUCCCAAAGUGUCAAACUACUGCAUUUUAAAUCUUAACAGAGUUCCUGGUCUGAGAAGGUUAAAAGGCCUUUGAGAUGUAGAAGUUGAACAUAUUCUGUGAUUUCAAAGUACUCAUCGUCCUGUAAAAACACAUUGUGAGGUGGACAGCUAUUGCCGCAGUGGUCCAGAUUUGAGGAAUGAAAAUAAAAUCUGUAUCUGAGAGGGUAGCUGGCAAAACUACAGCAUUCCUUUUAUGCAGAACUUGAACAAUCAGGAAAGUCAAGCCUAAAGUUACAGUACAAGUAGUUUGAAUCAUGUAUCGCUAUUUUACAACUGAAGUAUAUUGUAUCCUUUUUAAUCUAUGAACAUUGUAACCAUUAUAUUUUUGUAACAUUUUGUAUGGAGUGUUCUUUUUUGUUUUAGUCAUGUUUGAUUUUGUGUGUGUUAGUUGGCUGCUAUCCUAAGAAAAGUACAUGUCGUCUGUACAAGUGAACCAGGGAUGGAGGACAAUGGUGGUUUAUUUCACCAUAUUACAGAACUAUACAAUAGAAGGUUUUGUUUGUAAUUACAUUGGAAUAAAAGCCAUAUCAUUUAUUAAUAAAAACAAAUAACUCAA